CGCACGCCCCGCCUCCUCCCCUUCCCCGGCAGUCCCGCGAACCCCGAGCGCACUGAAGAUGGCGGCCGCAGUGGGACGAUUUCUCCGGGCUUCGAUUGCCCGACAUGUGAGUGCUAUUCCUUGGGGCAUCUCUGUCCCUGCAGCCCUUAGACCUGCUGCUUCCCGAAGAACAUGCCUGACAAAUGUAUUGUGGUCUGGUUCUGGUCAAGCAAAAUUCGCUUUUAGCACCAGUUCCUCAUACCACGCUCCUGCCGUCACCCAGCACGCGCCCUAUUUUAAGGGCACUGCCGUUGUCAACGGAGAGUUCAAAGACCUAAGCCUUGAUGACUUUAAGGGGAAAUAUUUGGUGCUUUUCUUCUAUCCUUUGGACUUCACCUUUGUGUGUCCUACAGAAAUUGUUGCUUUUAGCGACAAAGCCAAUGAAUUUCACGACGUGAACUGUGAAGUUGUUGCUGUUUCAGUGGAUUCUCACUUCACGCAUCUCGCCUGGAUCAACACACCAAGGAAGAAUGGCGGCUUGGGCCACAUGAACAUCGCACUCCUGUCAGAUUUGACAAAACAGAUUUCCCGAGACUAUGGCGUGCUCUUGGAAGGCCCCGGUGUUGCUCUAAGAGGUCUCUUCAUCAUUGACCCCAAUGGAGUCAUCAAGCAUUUGAGUGUCAACGAUCUCCCUGUGGGCCGAAGUGUGGAAGAGACCCUCCGCUUGGUGAAGGCGUUCCAGUUUGUGGAAACCCAUGGAGAAGUCUGCCCAGCAAACUGGACCCCGGAUUCUCCUACAAUAAAGCCACAUCCAACUGCUUCCAAAGAAUACUUUGAGAAGGUAAAUCAGUAGAUCAUCCCAUGUGUACCCACCUCUUCUCACAUCAGGAAAGAGCUGCAGUUGGAACUCACUUUGAGCAUUUCAAAGAUGAUUAUUUAUAGAAGACAAAACACCAAUUAUGCUUGUAUUCAUAAAUAAUACUCUAAAUGUUUUAGUGACUUUGUAACAUUGGCUGAGGCUUUUAAAUGUCCUCACACACUUAAAGCAUCCUUUAUUGGUAACCUCUUGAUGGCUGGCUAGUUUAUAGAAUGCUAGUUUACCUGUUGCUUGGAUUAUCUUUAAUGGAAAGAGGAAACAUUCUUUGUUGGCCUUACUUGAACCUUCGUGUACACCGGAAUAGUACAACACUCACUGAAGCUUCUGAUCAAGGGUCCUGAAAAGUUUCUUCUUGCAUUUCUUUGUACAAAACUGAAUUUUAAGGUAACAAAGAUCAUACAUAGUUUUAAGGUGUUAACAUCAGUGGUCUAAUUUAACUCUUGCAAUGAAUGGAUAUGUACUUGAAACAAAUGAGAAUCAUGUUUUUAAAAAACACGGUGGUGGGGCGCCUGAGUGGCUCAGUCGUUAAGCAUCUGCCUUCUGCUCAGGUCGUGAUCCCAGGGUCCUGGGAUCGAGCCCUGCAUCGGGCUCCCUGCUCAGCUGGAAGCCUGCUUCUCCCUCUCCCACUCCCCCUGCUUGCGUUCCUUCUCUUGCUGUGUCUGUGUCAAAUAAAUAAAUAAUCUUAAAAAAGGCACAGUGGCAGAGUGACUUAGGUGAUCGCGCAUAUUUCUCGUCCCUGAGAUUAAUAUAGUUAUUUUACUUGUUAGCUGACAUAGGGUCUACAUACAAUUCCAGAUAUUGAUUGGGUGUAAUUAUAAAGGAUAUUUAUCGAGUCUAGGAAUUGCAUUUUGAAAUCAUUGUAAUUAUUUUUUCUGAAAUGCUCAAUGUGUAAAGUACAUAAUAAACAUAUUUUAAAAAUA